AUGUCUUGUCUGAGAAAAUAUCAUUGUAGAGCUUUCAGUUAUAUUCAAUCGCGAUCUAGCUAUAGUCGAUCACUGAAUCCUGAUAUAACUAACGAAGCAACUGAACUCGAGAGACGAGCUCGUGCUCUGAGAGUUUUAGAUAUCAUAUCUUCGAAAUCUGGUGGAGCGUCGAAUCGCCAGAAUCAUUUUGGUUUCGUUCAGGAAUUUCUACAAACAGAUUCGAGGCAAUUCAUAGGUUCAGCAAUUUCCAAUGAUUUUGAUCUUUCAAGAACAAAAAAUGGCGUUUCAAGCGUUCUGGAAGAAGUUCUGUUGGAGGAUUUUACAAGCUUUGUGAAUGGUGGUAUGCAUCAGCGUGAUGGGUGGAGUUUCGAUGCUUAUGGUUUAUCGUCCGCCGUGAGAUCAUGUGGGUCGAGUGGAGACUUUAGAACAGGUUCUGGGUUUCACUGUUUGGCGUUUAAAGGUGGGCAUAUCUCAGAUGUCUACGUUGGAAAUUCUUUGGUUGUGUUAUACAGGGAUUCUGGUGACUUAGACAGUGCACAUAAAGUGUUUGAAGAAAUGCCUGAGAAGGACGUGGUUUCAUGGGCGGCUAUGAUUUCAGGGUUUGCGCAGAAAUGGCGUGUUGAUUUCUGUUUGAAGCUUUAUUCGAAGAUGAGAAAUUCAAACUCUGAUCCGAAUGAUUAUACAUUCACUGCUCUCUUGAGCGCUUGUACGGGAAGUGGAGCUCUAGGGCAAGGAAGAAGCGUUCAUUGCCAGACACUCCAAACGGGUUUCAAGACGUAUCUUCAUAUAUCAAAUGCUCUCAUAUCGAUGUACUGCAAAAGCGGUGAUUUGAAGGAUGCUCUCCGUAUCUUUGACCAGUUUACGAACAAAGAUGUUGUCUCUUGGAACUCUAUGAUUGCUGGUUACGCGCAGCACGGCCUUGCAACUCAAGCAUUCGAACUCUUUGAAAUAAUGAUGCCCAAAAGCGGAACAAAGCCUGAUGCAAUCACGUAUCUAGGAGUCCUGUCAUCGUGCAGACAUGCGGGUCUUGUGAAAGAAGGAAGAAAGUUCUUCAAUUUGAUGGAGGAACAAGGGCUGAAACCAGAACUCAACCAUUACUCUUGUCUGGUAGAUCUUCUCGGCAGAUUUGGUCUGUUGCAAGAAGCCCUGAAGCUGAUCGAGGGCAUGCCAAUGGAACCAAACUCAGUCAUAUGGGGAUCUCUGCUUUUCUCUUGCCGUGUUCACGGCGACGUGUGGACCGGAAUCAGAGCUGCAGAGGAACGGUUGAUGCUUGAACCUGAAUGUGCAGCCACGCACGUUCAGCUGGCGAAUCUUUACGCCAGUGUCCAAUACUGGAAAGAGGCGGCGACUGUGAGGAAACUGAUGAAAGAUAAAGGACUGAGGACAAAUCCAGGUCGUAGUUGGAUAGAAAUCAAUAACAAUGUUUUCAUGUUUAAAGCCGAAGAUGGUAGCAACUGUAGAAUGCCAGAGAUUGUUCAUGUUCUUCAUUGUCUCGUAGAUCACAUGGACAUCCUCUAACUAGAUUUUACUUUUUUGUUUUAAGGUUCUCUCAUAGUUAGCCUUACAUUGUUUUGUAGGGUAUACCAGAUCCAGAUAUAUUUUUACAUUCAUUUUU